AGGACAAGUGAGAAACAGAAAAAAGGAAACUGCUCCUUCAUUUCUAUAGCUUCUUCCCUUCUAAUUCCCCCCUUUCCCUUUAUAUUUAUCUCCUAAAAAGCCUUCAAGAAGUAUUCUUUAGUAGUUGUUUCAUGUGACCCUUUUCAUUUUUUCCCACCAAACUUUUUGCAACUCCGAAAGACACGAAUAUCCUGUAUUUGGGUUGUUCAAGAUUUGAGCUUUUUUGCAGAAAGAUUGCUGCCAAGACGUGAUUUUGGCUUGUAAAAGAUUGAUCUUUUGUGGGGUUUAUGUUUUCUUGUUUCUUGAUGGGAAAUUGUAUUGGUUCCUCAGCUAGAGUUGAAGCUACUUUGAGCUCUAAUACCCCUUCUGCUUAUGAAGCCUCAAGAUUUCCUAGCAAAAAAAGCAAUUCUUCUGUUCCAUCAAGCCUAAGUAUUCCAUCCUAUGGUAGGAAAAGUAGUUCCGAAAGCCUUCCUACUCCAAGAUCUGAAGGCGAAAUAUUGUUUUCCCCUAAUGUCAAAUCUUUCUCAUUCAAUGAAUUGAAAAAUGCAACAAGGAAUUUUAGACCUGACAGUCUUCUUGGGGAAGGAGGAUUUGGUUGUGUUUUUAAAGGAUGGAUCGAUGCGCAAACACUUACUGCAUCGAAGCCUGGUUCUGGAAUAGUGAUUGCUGUCAAGAAAUUGAAACCAGAGGGUUUUCAAGGUCACAAGGAGUGGUUGACUGAAGUUAAUUACCUCGGGCAACUUCGCCAUCCAAAUCUGGUUAAACUCAUUGGCUAUUGCGUUGAAGGUGACAACCACCUUUUAGUGUAUGAGUUUAUGCCUAAAGGAAGCUUGGAGAACCAUUUGUUUAGAAGAGGACCUCAGCCUCUAAAUUGGGCAACAAGAAUUAAGGUGGCUAUUGGUGCUGCUAGAGGCCUUGCUUUCCUUCACGAUGCUAAAGAACAAGUCAUAUAUCGGGAUUUCAAGGCUUCUAACAUUCUGUUGGAUGCGGAAUUUAAUUCAAAGCUGUCAGAUUUUGGUUUGGCCAAGGCAGGGCCAACUGGUGAUCGUACACACGUAUCCACUCAAGUAAUGGGUACGCAAGGCUACGCUGCUCCAGAAUAUGUCGCUACAGGUCGUUUGACAGCAAGAAGUGAUGUAUACAGCUUUGGUGUUGUGUUGCUCGAACUGCUAUCAGGACGACGUGCAGUUGACAACACAAAGGUCGGUAUAGAGCAGAAUCUUGUAGACUGGGCAAAGCCAUAUUUAGGGGACAAAAGGAAGUUGUUUCGAAUAAUGGACACCAAACUAGAAGGCCAGUAUCCUCAGAAAGGGGCAUAUACAGCUGCUAACCUUGCUUGGCAGUGUCUAAGCAAUGAGCCCAAGCUCCGCCCUAAAAUGUCCGAGGUUUUAACCGCUCUUGAAGAACUUCAAUCACCAAAAGGUGUUAGCAAACUCUCACAUCCCGAGCAUAGAGCUAUUUCCAGUCCCAUGGCUGUAUCGCCUAUGAGGCAUCAUCGUUCACCCUUGCAUAUGACACCGUCUGCUUCUCCAUUACAAGCCUAUCAAAAGUCUCCUCGCGGGAGGUGACUAAGAGAGUAUACACAUUUUGGUUUUGUAAUUGUACAUUUUUAAUAUAUCUACCAAAUUUUGUUGUCUAUAUGUUUUAAUGUAUUGGCAUUCCAAGAUUAGCUUAGUAACCUAUUCGUACACUGAGUUAGCUCUCAAUGUAUUGAGAUGAUAAUCUAAUUAGUUUACCCUUAUAAGCUAAUGUCUACUUGAUCAAGUAAACAAACUCCACCUUAGUGUUGAGUUGAUAAUCUACUUUGGUAAUUCAUUUA